AUGAAAGAACCUUCUAUUAAGACAACAUUUGUUGAAGUAACAAAUAAACUCCCUACAAAACCACCAUGUCGUGUAUUUUUCAAAAAUGAGUUUGAGCAACCAUCGGGUAGUUUUAAGUUGCGAGGAAUGGGUCAUUUAGUGGCAGUUUCUAUUGAAAAUGCCAAAAAACUCGGCAAACAAAAUGUUGAAAUAUUUUCAUCUUCUGGAGGAAAUGCUGGAUUAGCAGCUGCUUAUGCUAGUAAGUAUUUUGGUUUGAAAUGUACCGUUGUUUUACCUGAGUCAUCGAAACCUACAGUUAUUGAAAAGUUAAAAAGUUUAGGUGCGAAGGUUAUUGUGCAUGGCAAACACUGGGGUGAAGCCGAUAGCUAUUUAACGGAUGUUGUGAUCCAACAAGUACAUCAUUCAGUGUACCCUGUUUAUUGUCACCCUUUUGAAGAUCCAUUAUUAUGGGAGGGUCAUAGUAAGAUGAUUACAGAAAUCCUUGAAGAGAAACAAUUGCCCAAUUUUGAUAAAGUAAAAGGUGUAAUUUGUUCAGUUGGAGGGGGUGGCUUGUAUAAUGGUGUUGUUGAAGGUUUAAAGUACUAUAAAAAUAUUCCUGUAUUAGCUAUUGAGACCAAACAAGCGCCUACUUUUCAUGCUGCCGUUAAAGAAGGUCAAGUGGUGCAUUUAGAAGAAGUUAAAACUUUAGCAACUUCAUUGGCUUCACCUUAUAUUUCAUCAAAAGCAUUGACCAAUUAUACUGACCAUAAAACAUUUCUUGCAGAAAUUGAUGAUUUAGAUGCAAUUAGAGGAACAAUUGAUUUGUACGAUAAUUUCGGAUAUUUGGUCGAACCUGCAUGUGGAGCAUCAGUGACACCAGUGUUUCAUCGACAAGAUUUAUUGAAGAACUAUUUUGGUGACGAGGAGUUAAAGCCAGAUGAUAUUAUAAUCGUUAUCGUUUGUGGUGGAUCUGGGAUAAACAAUGAAAUUAUUUCCAAUUAUAGAAGUUUAUUAGAAUAG